AUGUCCUUAGCGGAAGUGUACAUGCAGGCAUGCAGACUGGUGGGUGUGGUGCCAGUCUCUUACUUUAUUCGAAACCUGGACUCUCCAGCUAUGAUGCUGACCCACCACGGCCUGGGACCUUUGGGCUGCAAGGCACUGGCUAUUGCUUUGGUGACAGAUAUGCAUAUCACCACUCUGGGACUGGGAGACAAUCACAUUCAAGCAGAGGGAGCUAAAUAUCUUCUGGAGAUGUUGAGGGCGAAUUUCACCGUCCAGCACCUGGAUUUGUCCAAUAACCAUCUGAAAUCUGCUGGAGCAGAGUACGUGGCUAAAAUGUUGCUGGACAACAUUUCAUUAAGAUCUAUCAAGCUUUCGGGUAAUGGAUUCACUGAUGAUGAUGCUAAAUACUUUUCAGAUGCCUUGUCAACAAAUCCCAGGAUAAAGGAGCUGGACCUGAGCCAUAAUGAGUUUUGUGGAAGAGGAGGGGAGCAUUUAGGACAACUGCUGGCAAACAAUGAAGGCCUGGAGGUGCUGGACCUCAGCUGGAAUCAUCUUCGAAUGAAAGGGGCGGUGGCUUUUUGUGCUGGACUUAAGGUGAAUAUCAUGGUAAAAUACCUUGACCUGUCGUGGAACGGUUUUGGGAAUGAGGGAGCCCUGGCCAUGGGGGAGGCCCUAAAAUUCAACAACACUCUGCUGCAUCUCAACCUCAACAACAACCGUCUCACCAACGAGGGUGUCAGCAUGCUCUGCAGGGGCCUGGAAUUCAACGACACACUCCGAGUCCUGCUGCUGGCGUAUAACUCUUUGACAGUAGAGGGAGCACUGGCCCUGGUCAACGUGGUGAAGAACACACCUAAAACCGCCUUGGAGGAGAUCAACAUAUGUAAUGUGCUGGUAAAUCAGAAUUUUGUGCAUCUAUUGGAGGUGACGUGUCAGGAGCAUCCUGGUUUGGAUGUUCAGUACGGAGGGGUGGGAGGCUUUAUUGCUAAGAAGCCACCGAAACGUGUUGAUCCAAUGAAAGUCAUCCAGGAUUAUCUUGAUCAACGCAAGCUGCGUCUGUGGGAUUUCUUUCGGAACAUUGACAAAGAUGGCACCAUGCGAGUCCCUGUUGCUGACUUCAGGAAGGCCGUUCAGCAAUCAAGCAUUCCUUUGGAUCGAUACCAGAUUGAGGAGCUGAUUCAGAGACUUGAUCGCGACCGGACAGGAAUGGUGGAUUACAGGGGCCUGGCAGAUACCAGGAAACAAAUGAUGAGAGAUCACCGUCGCCAGCUGAAGAAGGUGGAGUCCCGUCAGAAGAAAGAGAAGCAGAAGAGCGACCGCAUCCUGAAAACCUUCCAGAGCGCCGUGGAGGCGGUCACACCCCGCAGCUCCAUGGUCAUAUCUCCCGGAGCUGCCAAAGAAGACUCAAGCGGCCCUCAACACUUCUCUGCCACCCCCCUCAGCUCCUGGCACCACAUCGUCAUGUCCAACAGCAGCCGCUACUCUGUCACCAACCUGAGCAACGAGCACGUCCACCUGCCCAUGUUAGGAGGAACCACACCCUACCGGCCCACCAGUUCCCCGGCAAUGCGCUCCUACUCCCAACCCAACCUGCUGGAUGACUCCCCUCGCUUCACUCCGGGCAAGUCCAUCUCUGCUCAGGGCGUUCGCUCCGAUCCAGAGAUGGGCCACAGCAAGCUGAGCCCCACCACUAACAGCCUGACCAGGUCCAGGCCUGCUCUGAAUGCCAAGCAGCCAGCGGUUAAAGUCAAAACCAAGAAGGUGAAGAAAAAGAAGCAAAGGAAACGUGCAGAUAAAGACUCCAAGAAUCCUGCACAAACUGUCAAGUGAUGUGAACUGUAUGUAAUGCUAUAUGAGCUAUGCAAUGCUGUUUUUUCCACCUGGUUUCUUUGUCGUACGCAGCUAUUAAACAAAGAAGAAAUGUCA